AUCCAAAGUGUAUUCAACAAAGUGAACCAGGUAUAUGACAUAUCACAAUUUUUUACCCGAAUGUGACAUGUUUGUUGCCAUUGAUUUAACCCAUACAUUUAUUCAAAAAUUCAAAUUUUGAAAUUCAAAAGUAAACAAAUUUCAAACCAAAAAAAAAAAAUUUAAAUGAAUAAAAGAAAAUGCCGAAUACUUUCUGCUUGUGCAAAACAACUCAUGGAAGCAAUUUACUAAAGUUUUGUGCUCCAACUGACAAAUUGCAAACAAUUUUAUCAAUAUAUAUUAUAUUGUUACAGUUAAAAAAGACGGGUUAAUGUAAACAAAUACAUGUAUUGUUUACUAUUUUAUUGUCAAAACCGGGUAUGUCAAAUACUUAGUUCACUUUGUUGAAUACACUUUGCUACAAUCUUCAUGAAAAUCACUAAAAUUUUGAAACGACAUUUUGUCAUUUAUUCGAAAAAAAUAUUGAAAGUUUCAAUAAUUGAAAAGAAACAAUUGUAUUCGUGAUAAAUAGAAAACCGUGAAGUUGAAAAUGGUUAAAAGGCCCCGUCACGUCGACGAUACUUCAACAUCGGCGAUACCAGCAUCAACAACAUCAGCUACAACGAUUACGAUAAAUGAUACCGACUCCUCAACAGUAGGAUCAACAACCUCAACGACGAAAUCAACAAAAUCAACGAAAUCAACAAAACCAACAACACAAACAACUCCUAAGCUCGAGGAUAAUAAAUAUGGAAAAUUUUUCAACAAAACUGUCGUGACACUACUAAUUUUUGGGUAUCUCACUGGAGUGGGUCUGGUUUUGGCAUGGGAAUAUCACAAAACCGGGAUCUUCCAGCCGCCGAAAGGCAAAUGGUUGAAAUGGAAUGUGGCCAUUUUGGUGUUCCUUUUACUUUGCUACAGUCGUUCGGUGCGUUGUACUGUGACACUGUGCAUACCCAUCAUGUGCAGCACGAAAGGGCGUUCGCUUUUGAUUGCAUUUGCCUUUGUGUUGGCCGCUACGGGACCGACCUGGAACAUACUGCGUAAUGUGGAUGCGCUCACUACCAGCCUCUCGUGUGGCCAAACACAGCUCAAGCAGGCGCUCGAGGAGAUGUUGGAGGUGAUGCGUCAACCGCUGGUGGCUAUUAAGAAGGCUGUCAAAACAGCUAUGGACAAUGUAAAGAAGGUUAUGAAGAAAGUCGAAUUAGUAUUGUAUCGUAUAAAGGAACUCGUGUUGGUGGUCUUAAGCGGCAUUAAGUUGAUGUUCGAGUGGCUAAACAGUAUUGUGAAAUUUUGCAACAAGGAGUUCGGUACGCCCUUCGAUCGUUGCAUGAAAAUUGCCGAUGAUGCGAUGGCGGAUUGUCGUGAAAAACUGGGUUUCUUCCAAGCUCUAUGCCAAGCUACACACAUAUUCACUAUGCUGUGUUACACCGUCAAAGUGGUCGAUGUACUCUGUGUGAUGGUGGUCUUCUUUGACGAUACUGUACUAGCAACCAUUAUGGACAAGUUGCGCCAGUUCACGGAUGAGAUUAAGAAUAUGUUUGAUGUGACCGUGACCUUUGAUCACGACUUCAGCUUCACAACGGUGGCCUCGAGAAAUCUCAGUGAUGUCGGCAAAGAGAUUAUGGCUGAGAUACAUUGGCAUAUGGCCAACUUUUUUCUCAUUUUCGGUUUUCUGGAUGUCAUUGGCGGAUUUCUAUGCGUUCUGGUGAUACUCAAAGCUCUGUACUUUAAAAUGAAAUAUCUGCGACAACCUGGUUAUGACAAUAAGUAUUUGACUAAGGAUUUCAUAGAGAUUGAUGAGCAGCGUAAGCUGACGGAUCAGGAACGCGCUUUGCCAUUGAAGAAAACCGAAAAACACAAAUAUAUCUGGAUAACAAGUUGCCGUUUGACGCGCCGUGAGAUAUUCGGACUGAUGCGCUCAAUGCUAUUUCUCUUUAUAUCCACCAUACAAAUCUUCUGCAUCUGUUUUGCUGAUUACAGUCUCUACUGGGUAUUAGCCAUGAUUCGAUUUUAUGGCAGCCAAGAGGCAAAUGUGGAAAUUCCACCGUAUAUUGUUGUCGACGUGAAAGGCGAAGACUUCGCGGCUGACAUAUUUCGUGGCAUCGUCGAGGCUUUCGAACCGCUCAACCAGAAGUACAACAUUGAUGCCACGCCAUGUCUACCAAGACCAAAAAUACCGAAUUUUAGGCGUUAUUUCGACAUCGGUGGUAUUUGUUUACUGGCGUGGAUAUUACUCUUCCUGGAGCCUUACGGCUUGCGUCUGCGACAUCUGGUCAUGCGUUUGUAUUAUCCGGUUGAGGCGAAACAACGCGCUGCUUGGCUUUACAAUCAGAUACUUAUGAAGCGCAUGACAUUCUUCAAAUUGCUGAGACGUAAAGCUCGUGCAAAAUUCAAAAAUGAGCCGAACUCCGAUCCGUAUACGUUUCUAGAUUGGAUUAGAGCGAAGACGUCGGGUUUCUUCCUGUUCCGCCUUAUAUUUGGUCACCGGAAGAGCAAUAUUUGCAUCCUGUGUGGAUUUCCCUUGAAAGAGGACAAAGUGGAAUGCUCAACACCCGGCUGUAAGGCGGUAUACUGUCAGAGCUGCUUCAAUGAGUCCAAAAAAACCUGUUGCAUUUGUAAAAAUCCAGUAGAAUAUGGCGACGACAGUGACAUUUCAGAAGAGAAAGAUUCAUCUGAUGAUCCGAACGCUGUACGCGAGCCGCACGAAAGCGAUAAAUAUUGCAUUUGGGUGCCUUAACACGCGGCCAGCGAGAAUAAAAGCUUCCAUUGCACUUUCCAACUAUUUAACUUUUCAAUAAAUUUUAUUUGUUUUUACUGAA